AUUAUAAUCACCGCCCUUGGACUGUAGAUUCGACUAGUAAAGUGCUUUUUCUUUGUCUUCAUCAUGGCUGCUCGACGCGUGGGACCACUAUUAGGACUUAACCUAUAGCUGCUCCUUCUCCGUCCCUUCCUCCACUCUUAAAGUGAAGUUAUGAACCUUCUUGGAAAUUUCGGCAACCCUUCUCUUCAAUUUCCUCUAAAGCAGAGCUCACUCUGUGACUCUGUCUAUAUACUCUUAUAUAUCGAAAUUUUGCAGGUCCCAUGGAAGUUGUAUCUCUUGUUGUAGCUCCUCUGCUAUCUGCGGGGUUUAAGUCACUUCUUGACAAGUUAAACUCUUGUGAACUGCUCAACUUCGAAAAGAAAGUAGUUGCUGACCUGCAAAACUGGAGAAAUCUUUUGCCCAAAAUCAUUGCUCUUCUUGAAGAUGCGGAGGAGAAGAAAGUAAUUGACCGUCUUCAGAAGUUAUGGCUAGCUGAUCUCAAGGGCUUGGCUGAUGAUAUGAGGGUUGUCAUUGGUAAAUUUGAGGUUGUUAAUACCAAGAACAGUGAUUCGAUUGCAAAACAUAAGGCCAACUCAAGGCAGUUACGGAAACUCGUCUCCUCAUGGUUUAAGAGGUCAAGAUUCAGGUUUGAUCGAGAGACAGCUUCCAAGGUAAAGGAUAUCAACGUCAGACUGCAGAAUUUUAAGAUGGGGACAAUAACGUUGGGGACAAUCAGUUUUGGCGUCGAAGAUGGAGAAAGACCAAACAAGGUAGGUUUGAGAAGAUCGCAAACUUCUUCUCUGCUUGAAUCUUAUGUCUAUGGUAGGGAGAGAGAUAAAGAGGCUGUUCUUCAGAUGCUGCUCAAUGAUGAAGGCAAUGGUGAUGGAGACUCUGUUAUUCCUAUUGUGGGGGGAGGAGGAGUGGGAAAGACCACUCUGGCUCGACUUGUUUACAAUGAUGAAAAACUGAGAGAGGGUGGGUUUCAAUUGAAAGCGUGGGUUUGUGUUUCUGAUGAUUUUGAUCCUCUCUUGAUAACAAAAACCAUCCUACAACAAGUGACCCAAGAAAAUUGUGAUUUGCAAGAUCUUAAUAUGCUUCAAGAGAGAUUGAAAAGGAAGUUAUCUGGACAGAAGUUUCUUCUUGUGUUGGAUGACGUACGGAAUUUGAAUUACUGCCACUGGGAUAUGCUACAGAUACUUUUCAAAUCAGGAGCACCUGGAAGUAAAAUAAUUGUCACAAUCCGAGAUAAGGAUGUCGCCAAAACCCUGAAAGGAAAUGAAAAUUUUCACAACAUAGAAUUGCUACCGGAGGAUGCUUGUUUGUCGAUGCUUGCCCGACAUGCAUUAGGAGCAGAGAAUUUUGAUGCGCAUCCAGAUCUGAAGGGGAUCGGUGAGGAAAUCGUUAAAAAGUGUGAACGAUUGCCAUUUAGCGUAAAAAUCAUUGGCGGUAAGUUGCGUGGUAAAUCUUCUGAGGAGUGGGAAAAUGUAUUAAGCAGUCAGAUAUGGGAUCUUCCUGAAGACGAGGGUGGCAUUCUUCCUGCUCGGAAUUGAGCGAACGACUUUCUCCCUACUUUAUUUAGGAAAAAGGUCCUUUUAAAGUUGUAAUUAUAUUGUGCAAAUAUUGAGUGUAGUUAAGAGUCUAGAAUGUCUUUUGGCAGCUGGUCUAGAAAGUUAAUCGACAAUAAAAAUGUGUAUUCCUAAUUUUAGGUGUAAGGUUCAAAAGGAAGAAGAAGAAGAGUAGUGCUGUGCUUCUACAUGAGCUUGCGUGUAAAAGAUGUUUCAGUCCGUGUGAAUAAUUGUCAAGAGUACUGCUACCACUAAAUGAUAAAUUGCUAUCUCUAAUGUAAAAUGGCCACGCGGAUUCCUCUAAAUAAUGAUGUAUGUGGGGACUUUUGGUUUGCAAAAAUAUAUGUCAAUGUUAAUUUGAGCUAGUGUUCUUAAUAUUUUUGUUGUCAAAAAUAAAAUAUUAAUUGUUUA